UAUUCUGUCGGCGUCCUUCUUCCCGGCAAGAUAUGUUUGAGUCUUGGACAGCAGGUGCAAACGGCGUGCGUUUCUGAUGUGUCCAAGUUUUCCGAAUUUCUAUCGAUCUCAGCUUCAUCAUCAAGCGAAGCUUCCGGAUGAAUGCCUCAUGGAGGACUAGCCUUUGAUGCUGACCACAGCCCCUUCGACUCGUUACCCCGAUAGAGGAUCAAUACACCACAACUAGGGGUUAGAGCUGAGGUCUAUUUAAUAGUUUUCAGAUGGCAGGAGAUCCGUAUUCCCCUCCACUCCUUCCAACAUGUCCGUCAGAACAGACUCGGGGUUCCAACUGCUCUUCCCAGUUGUUUCAAGCAAGCUUGCCGUGACAGCACUUGGAAUCGCUUUCCUCUACUUGGUCCUUCCCUACAUUCUUCGCAAGAAUCUUGUAGACAAGGAUGGACACCCCUUGCCUCCUGGUCCUCUCUUCCGUUAUGCCUUCCUCCGCAAAUACCCCGAACGCGCCCUCGCCGCCUGGGCAAAAACAUAUGGCUCAUUGUUCUCUAUCUGGAUGGGCAGCCAGCUAUUUGUCGUCAUCUCCGAUGCUCACGUUGCUCGAGAGCUGCUCGUCAACCACGGAGCUAUCUUUUCCAGUCGUAAGAAAUACUUCAUGAAGAACCAGACCAUCCUUGCCGGACGUGCUAUCACCGCCUCUGCUUAUGAUGAUACGUGGAGACAGCAUCGGAGAAUCGCAUCUGUAAUGCUCACACCUAAAGCGCUUCAAGGAUAUGCAGAAUUUUUCGAUUACGAAGCCCAUAUCCUCAUGCGCUCUCUCUAUAAUGAAUCAUUGCAGGGCAAACUUCCGAUUAACCCAGCCCAUUAUGCGGGGCGUUAUGCACUGAAUAACAUGCUGUCAAUAUCCUUCGGCACCCGAACGGAUUCGACAUCGGACCCUCUAGUAGAGCGGGCUCUCGCGAUGGCGAUGGAAUUCAUGGAUCUCACUGGGCCUUGGUCAAAUGCCGUUGAUUUCAUUGAGCCGUUGCAAUGGUUGCCGACCCGCAUCCGUGCACGAGGACGCAAGCUGCAUGAUGACCUAAUUGAAGUUUAUGGUGCUAUGAUACAUAGGGUGAAGGCACGCAUGGACGCCGGGGAGAACGUUCCCGACUGUUUGGCGAAGACAUUAAUUGAGACCCAAGAAGAAGAGAAACUCGACUGGGAAGAUCUUUGCAUGCUUGCUGCGGUUUUCACACUCGGAGGUGUCCACUCGACUUCCGGCAUCAUUCAAUGGUUCCUUGCUUUGAUUCCUUCGCACCCUGAAAUUCAAGCUCGGGCACAUGAAGAACUUGAUCGAGUGGUGGGGAGGGACCACUGGCCGACGGCCGAGGAUGAAGAGCGUCUGCCAUAUAUUCGCGCCAUCAUCAAGGAGGUACAACGUGUGCACGCUCCGUUCUGGAUGGCCACUCCGCAUUGCUCCACCGAAGAUUUCGUCUACAAUGGUCUCUUUAUCCCGAAGGACACCGUGUUGGUUCUCAACUGUUUCACUCUGCAUCACAAUGAGGAACGGUAUCCAGAUUCAUUCACCUUCAACCCUGACCGGUAUCUUGGUGACAAUUUGAGCUGUGCGGAGUCGGCCAAGCUAGCAGACGUUAUGCAACGCGACCACUGGACGUUCGGAGCUGGACGUCGGAUUUGUCCUGGACUUCAUAUUGCGGAACGCGAAUUGUGGCUGGCCAUUUCCAGGCUCCUAUGGGCGUACAAAUUUGAAGAGAUCCCGGGCGAGCCUAUCUGCCUCGAUGAAUACGAAGGUCUUUCUGGAAGAACCCCGCUUCCUUACCGACUCAAGCUCUCUGCACGCCACGACCGCGUUCAUUCUAUUUUGGAAACCGAGGAAGAAAUCACUUUGGCGUUCUGAUUGGAUUGGAGGGCUGAUGCUACUCUUAUUUAUUUGUAACAUGUGUUCGUGAAACAUCAUGUUGUUGUAAGCUUACUCAUUGUAUCACCACCCCAUGUAUGUACUAUCCUCGUCCGCCGCGGAUCGUGAUUGAACAUCCCACGCAUACACAUACAAGUCCAUCUCAGUGAUUGCACCCCGGCGUUGGCGCAUUUAACCUGACCUGUACGUCUGGCCAUACUGACAUGACACAAUGAUCAUCUUUCAAACCAU